AUGGCCCCAGCUAUUGUGGUCAAAUCCGCCGAGUCGUCCACUGUCCCCCCGACCCAAGAUGAAGUCUCGUCGGUCCUCUCCGCCAUUUUCACGGCCAAGACCUCGCAAGCCUCUCUCGACAAUUCUUAUGCCCUCACCACUCUCCUCCAGAAUUCGGUCGGCUUCCGCGGCCUGAAAGGAUAUGGCGUCCUUGAGGAGAUCAAAAAGGCGGCUGGCGAUAAGAAGAACCCGGCUCGUAGAGAAGGUGCCAUGUUCGCACUUGGUGCCCUCUUCGAGCGCUUCCCGCGGGCUCAGAAACUCAGUGAGGUUGUCUUCAUGCUGCAAGAAGAGUACCUAGUUCCGCUAGCUCUCGACGCCCUCUCGGAUAAGACUCCUACUGUCCGAGAGUCAGCCGCGUAUGCUUUGGAUGCGCUUUUCGAUAACCUUACACCCGAGGGCAAAGUUGACGGACUUCUGCCAGUCUUGGCCAAAUACUUGGGCAAGAAGUCCGGAAAAUGGCAAGGUACUGUCGGCGCCUUCGAACUGUUGGGUCGCAUGGCAGACAAAGCGAAGAUGGGAAUGGGAAGUUUUGAGGAAGAGAAGGAGAAGGAUAUUCUCCGCGAGUCCAUGGGCAAGAAACUCGAGGGUCUCAUUCCUAUCGUGGAAAGCGGAAUGCACGAUCUUAAGCCAGAGGUCGGAAAGCAGGCCUCGAAAACCAUGACCGGUCUUACCACACUCCUCCAAAACGACGACGUUGCGCCCCGAAUUCCCAUCUUGAUUAAAGCGAUGGAGAAUCCUUCUACACAGGCUCAACAAAAGGCGAUCCACGCUCUAUCGCAGACUACGUUCGUGGCUAUUGUCACUUCACCAGUCCUUGCGCUGCUUACACCUCUUCUCGAGCGAUCCCUAAACACUCCUUCCACAUCGCAAGAAGUUCUGCGGCAGACAGUUGUAGUCGUAGAGAACUUAACAAAGCUCGUUCACGAUCCCAUCGAAGCCCGCGCUUUCUUGCCGAAGCUGAAGCCCGGUGUCACGUCUGUGGUCAACCGCGCUUCUCUUCCUGAAGUCCGAGAAAUCGCCGGAAGAGCACUGGAUGUCAUUGAGAAUGCCAUGGCUAUCAAAGACGAGGUCAAUGCUGAUGCCAUCACCCGAAAGGUGCCAGCUGAUGUCACGCCGGUUCUGGAAAAGCACAUCAACUCCGUCGGAGGUCUUCAGAAUUUUCCUGGAGAUGCAGAGGUUCUCGCCCUCGCCAAGGGCUACAUCGCGGAAAUGGUCGCGGAAGAUGUCAACCAGCGUCAGCUUCAGCGGAUAGUGGCUUGCAUCGAGCCUUACCUAUCUCCGUUGAUGAACGGUGAUUCUGGUGCUAAAGUCGCAGAAUCUGUUCAUAAGUACUACGUCGAUGAGGACCAUCGCAAGUUCGGCCAGCCCGUCAAGGAAGACGAUGGCGAAGUCGAGAUUGUCAACGCAACUUUCUCUCUCGGAUACGGUGGUAUGCUCUUGCUCUCUCACACGAACCUCAGACUGCUGAAGGGCCAUCGCUACGGUCUCUGUGGGCGAAACGGUGCCGGCAAAUCAACGUUGAUGAGGAGUAUCGCUGGCGGCAAACUUGAGGGAUUCCCUCCUCAGGAUCAAGUCAAGACCUGUUUCGUAGAGCACAACCAGGGCGAAGAUGCGGACCUCAGCAUUCUCGAAUUCGUCUCCAAGGAUCCUGAUGUUAGUUCCGAAGGCCAAGAUCGCGUUAUCGCGGUUCUCGAAGAAGUCGGCUUCAGUUCCGGUCCUGAAGGCAGACAAUCCCACAAAGUCGGCUCCCUGUCCGGCGGUUGGAAGAUGAAACUGGCUCUGGCUAGAGCUAUGUUGAUGCGAGCUGAUGUUCUACUUCUCGACGAACCUACCAAUCACUUGGACGUUGCAAACGUGAAGUGGCUUCAAGACUAUCUCAAGUCUCACACCGAAAUCACUAGCUUGAUCGUCUCUCACGACUCCGGUUUCCUGGACGAUGUGUGCACUGACAUCUACCAUUACGAGCAAAAGAAGUUGAUUUGCUACAAGGGCAAUCUUGCUGCUUUCGUUAGGCAAAAGCCCGAAGCUAAGAGCUACUACACGCUUUCUGCUUCCCAGGUCUCUUUCAAAUUCCCGCCUCCUGGUAUUCUUACUGGUGUCAAGUCGAUGAGCCGAUCUAUCCUACGCAUGAGCAACUGUACCUACACCUACCCUGGAGCAUCGAAGCCUUCUCUCCACGAUGUCAGCUGUUCGCUUACGCUGUCGUCCCGAACUGCUAUCAUUGGUGCUAAUGGUGCUGGUAAAUCUACUCUCAUCAAAAUUCUCACUGGCGAAGUCGUUCCUCAGGAGGGUAAGGUUGAGAAGCAUCCUAACCUACGUAUCGGCUACAUCAAGCAGCACGCUCUGGAGCACGUCGAGAUGCACAUGGAAAAGACUCCCAACCAGUAUUUGCAAUGGCGUUACGCCAACGGAGAUGAUCGCGAGGUGCUGAUGAAGCAGACUCGUGUCAUGUCCGCUGACGAGAAAGCCCAGAUGGACACGCCAGUUGACAUUGGUGAUGGACAAGGUGCGAAGAAGAUUGAGGCUUUGAUUGGUCGCCAGAAGUACAAGAAGAGCUUUCAGUAUGAAGUGAAAUGGGUCAACAUGCUUCCCAAGUACAAUACCAUGAUCUCUCGCGAGACUCUCCUGAAACUCGGCUUCCAGAAGCUUAUCCAGGAAUUCGACGAUCAUGAAGCUUCCCGUGAAGGUCUCGGUUUCCGUGUCCUCGAGCCCAAGGUCAUUUCCAAGCACUUCGAGGAUGUCGGUCUGGACCCCGAAAUCGCCAACCACAAUGAGAUCUCCGGUCUCUCCGGUGGCCAGAAAGUCAAGGUCGUCCUUGCUGGCGCCAUGUGGAACAACCCCCAUCUCCUCGUCCUCGACGAACCGACCAAUUUCUUGGACCGCGACUCUCUCGGUGGUCUCGCCGUCGCCAUUCGCGACUACAAGGGUGGUGUCGUUAUGAUCUCCCAUAACGAAGAGUUCGUUGGCGCGCUCUGCCCCGAGCAGUGGCACGUCGCCGACGGCCGCGUUAUGCAGAAGGGCUUCCUCGCUGUCUCCAUGGACCGCUUCGAAGACUCCAGCCGUCCCGGUAGCAGUGUUGCUAGCUCUAACGUCUCAUCUGCUGCUGUGUCCGCGGCUGCUAGUGCUGUCAACUCUGAAGCGGAAGGGAAUGGGGAUAUGAAGUUCCGUGCGCGCAAGAAGAAGAAGUUGACCCGUGCGCAGUUGAAGGAGAGGGAGGUUAGGCGUCGUUUGAGGCAUAUUGAGUGGCUUAAUAGCCCUAAGGGCACACCCCACCCCCCAGACUCCGACGAUGAAGCAUAG